GACACAAACACACACACACACUAAAUACUAGAACCAAAUCGACACUCUGCGUACGCGACACACACACACACACACACACACACACAGAGAGAGAGAGAGAGAGAGAUGGAGGGACUGAUGGAGUUGAUUACACUAUAUUGGCAGCGAAACGCGAGAAGGGGUUUGGCUGCUCUUUUUAUGUGCGUCUUGUUCGUCCUUCUUGUUUUGAUCGUGGCGGUGCUGAAGGACUCCGAUCCUUCCUCCAACGGCCCGGGCGACAACGGGAAGGUGGGUGCUACUGUGAGGACGACUGCCCCAUGGCGCGCCUUUAUCGAGGCUCCUGAUGAGCAGAAGGCGGGAAACAUCUCCUCCCCCCCUUCCAUUGCCACUGCUGAGCAGGACUUGGUGAGCAUUGUGCUGCGGCGCCCCGCCACGUGGCCGCAUCCCGAUCCCUCCGCGGGAUCUUACGAACUGCACCCCAAGGGGAACCGGGAGGAGGAUUUGACAACUUCGGAAGGGGGGGGAGCACGGCAGCCGCUUCCGCCGCAUACUUCAUCCGCCAUAUCCGGCGCCGCUUCAGGAACCAGCGGGAGGGGGGCGCUCCGCUUGCGAGGAGUCACCAGCGCCGGCGGACGCAACGGGGAAACGAGCGGAGAAGACGAGACGAAGGUAUCUGCGGAGGACUCACCCGUAGGGGUUUACUAGCCGACCGUUUAAUCCCACGAGCAUCUGAUCAAAAUUUGAAAUUCCAGUUUUCGGAAUUCUUGUUGUAGACUAUAGUAAAAAAAAAAAAAAAGACUAAAAGUAUACUUGCACGGCGGGUGUGAAAAUGCAGAGAGCAAAAUUUUGAAAUAAAACAGGAAAAAAAAAAAAAAAAGCUGGACAUGUAGAAAAAAAAAAACAAAAAAAAAAACCGGAUACGUAGCCGCUUCUCGUACGGCAUCUCCCUCGUUCUAUCCCGCUUACGGCUCUGGGCGGGUAUAACUCGUGCCUGCUGCCAAGCUGUAACCCGGUUUGCUCGCUUUUAUAUAUGGAGAAAAACAACAACAACAAUUACUACUAAUACCCCCGUCCCCCGAACAUAACCCGCUACGGUGACCCUCAUAAUGAAUGCACACAAGCUAU